AUGUCGAUGGAGUAUGCAGCUGCAGGAAGUUUAACUUCUUUCAUGCAAACAAGAUCAUUGUCUGAUACGAUGAUCAAAGAUUUCACUCGUAUGAUUUUUCGAGGACUUGUCUCUGUUCAUAACCACGGGUAUGUCCACUGCGAUCUCAAACCAGACAAUCUUCUUGUUUUCCCGCGUCAAGAAGACGAUGAUGUUGGUGGUGGUGGAGUGAAAGAAGUUUCAUAUGAGUUGAAGAUUUCGGAUUUUGGUAUGUCGACGAAAGUUGGAGAAGAUUUCGGAUUUUGGGAAUUUGAUUCUCCGUUUUUGGGAACACCUCUUUACAUGUUGCCAGAGUCUAUUCACUACAGCGUCGCUGAGGAACCGUUAGAUUUGUGGUCAUUAGGUUGUGUUGUGUUGGAGAUGUAUACAGGAAAGCCUCCGUGGCCGUUCGAAAAUUCGAAGAAGCUUUUGCGUCACUUGUCGAAUGAGGAGGCACCAGAGAUUCCAGAGUCUCUUCCUUGGGAUGCAAGGCAGUUUCUUCAAACGUGUUUCGCUAAAAAUCCCGUGGAGAGAGGAAGCGCUUCGGGUCUGUUGAACCACCAGUUUCUUUUUAAGAAAGUUUCUGACCAGAGGAAAGUGAUGGUUACCGGCACCGGAGGUAAGAGAAAGUCGGUGUUGGUACUGAAUUUUGAGGAUAUUAUGAAGAAGCCCCUAAGAGUGAGGAUUAUUCCACCAAAGCCACCGCAGUUUAAGAAAAUUUUGAAUAGACCCUUGAAGUUGAAGAUUAUACCUCCCAAACCCCCAGGAUGCAAUCUCGUUUCUGAUCAGUAG